CGGCGCCGCACGCCUGUCGGUCCGUGGCCGGUGCACCGCUCGCCGGCGGGUGCAGAGUGCCGCCGCCGCCGCCACCUCCAGUCGCCGCCAUGCAGAACCCGCCCAGGAAGACUACUCACGCCAAGUUCCUGAAGGCUCUGCACUCUGAGCAGCUGAGCCGGGCCCAGGCCAAGAAUCAGCAGGAGUGUGACCUGCUCGAGGAUAUCAGGAACUUUACAAAGCAGAGGGCCGCUGUUGAGAAGUCUUACGCAGAGGCGUUGCUCAAGAUCUCCUCGGCCUACCUCCACAAGAAGAUUCCACAGCUGCCAGAGAUACAAGGCGACGGUCCCGAACAAUGGAACGUGUUCACCGUAUGGCGGACGCUGCUAGACGAGACGGAGAAACUAGCCAAGGCGCGGAUGGCCGCCGUAGAGGUGUUCCAGCAGCGGAUCACAGACGAGGCCAAAACAGUGCGCACCAGCAAGGUGCAGACCUCCAAAAAGUGUCUGGAGCAGCUGCAGGCCAUCCAGAAGGAGCUCCAGGGAUGUGUUCAGGAGCUGGACAACUGUAAGAAACGCUACCAGGAGGACGAACACGUGGCGCACGAUAUCCGAGACCGUGCCCAGCAGGCGGAGGAAAAGCUCAAAAAGAAGAAGGGCUUCUUCACGUCGCUGUCGUCCCUUCAGAAGAACAGCGCUAAGCUGUCGGCCAAGAAAGACCAGGUGGAGGAGAAAUCGACCUCUGCGCGGAACGAGUACCUGCUGCAGAUCGCGUCUGCCAGCGCGCAUCAGAAGCGGUACCACCACACCGACCUUCAGCAUCUCCUCAGGACGAUGGAGGGCGACACAUACGAGAAGAUCGGCGAGUACCUGACCCUGAUCGGCCGGACCGAGCUGCUGACCUGCAGCGCCGAGCAGGCCUCCUUCACCAAAGUCCGCGACCAGGCGCAGGCGAUCACUCCUCAGUACAACAUCGAGUGCUACCACCGUCUGUACCCGGUGCUGGCGCAGGACGUGCCCAUCGAGUUCGAGCCCUGCGAGGGUGACUCGGUGAGUCCCCGGGACGGAACGCCGGUGGACCGAGUUCGGAUGGACCACAACUGCACCGGCUGGCUGGAGGAGGAGGCCAUCAAGUGGACCUCGCGCCUGGCCAAGGAGACCCGCUCGCUGCGGGAGAGCCAGAAGCGACUCCAGCAGCUCAUCAGCCUCAAGGAGCGCGGCGAAAAGUCCGACCCGGCCGACCCGUCGGGGAUGGACAUCGACCUACGAAUCGACGAGAUGAAGAACAGCAUACGGUGGUCAGAGACUGCGAUGGUCAAGUGUCAGGCGCGAAUACAAUGUCUGAGGGAUGGCGGAGUGAAUGUGGACGAGUUUAUGAACCAGUUUGACGUGGACCAGCUGACGGUGGAGGGCUCCAUGUGUCGCUCCGGCAGCCAGCUCAGCGUCAGAGAACAGUACCGCGAUGACGACAGUGACCUGAACGACGCGUCGCCGAUGCCGUCUCCGGUGCCGGCCGGCAGUGCGUUCGGCCGGUUCGACUCGCAGGGCACCGCCGGCACAGACGGACAGGAGGAUGACGAGGACGAUUACCAGACCGACAAAGAGGUGUUGGCGGCGCAGUCUCAGAUGGCCCAGCUGACGGAGGGCUGGGGCGCCGCACCCGACUGGGGUCAGCUGCCCACCACGCCCGUGCCGCCGGCUCCCACGCUGCCGGGGGUGGAGACCAGUUGGCCGACCGAUCCCGACUGGGGCCAGCCGGAGGCGGGUGACGAGGACGCGCCGCCGCCACCGGCCGAGUCGUCCGACUUGCAGGGCCAGCUGAACGGCCACACAGAGACGGCCGACACCGGCGUGCCGCCCGCCGUCGGCUCACGCUGCAUAGCGCUCUUCCAUUACGAGGCUCAGAACCCUGACGAGCUGACGAUUGUGGAGAACGAGCCUCUGGAGAUCACCAGCGAGGGGGACGGCGACGGCUGGGUGCGCGCCAGGAACCAGAACGGAGACGAGGGACUCAUCCCGCACAACUAUGUCGAGGUGGAGACGGAAGGGGGCGUCAGUUUCAGCUCUGUCGACUACGGCACUGAGCUAGCCACCAUCGAGGAGGGUCAGGAGGGCGCCCCGGAGGCGCCGCCGGUGCUGGUCGAGCCGCCCCAGUCGCUGCCGCUGGCGCCGGCAGACGGCCACGAGCCCGGUGCCCACUUCUGCCGGGCGCUAUACGACUACGAGGCCACGUGUCCCGAGGAGCUGACUCUCAUCGAGGACCAGAUAAUCCGCGUGCUGCGCACCGUCGGUCAUGACGGCGUCGACGACGGCUGGUGGGAGGGCGAGCUGGAGGGGCGCACCGGUCUGUUCCCCUCGCUGGUGGUCGAGGACUGCCACGCCAACGGUGACCCGCUCACACCUGAGAGCGAGACGUCCGGUCUGGGCGAGGCGCCGCCCGUGUUCACUCCUCCGGACGUACCGGCCAGCCUGCUGCCGCCCGAGAUGGUCAUAGUGACUCAGCCGACCCCGCAGCCGGGCGAGCAGGGCGACGGCGCCGCCGAGCAGCAGGUCACAGUGGUGUCUUAUUCGUAUUGCUCGCCCGGUUUUGAUUUGGCAUUGUCCCAAGAGCAGCAGCGGGCGUACCGUGCCAGGGGCGAGGACCGCAGCUCAGGAUCGGACGCUGCUCAGAGUGGAGGACAGGAGUCGGCCUCGUGCACAGACAUCCAGAUCGCCGUCACCGCCGAGGAUGGUACGGACAGCUCCGCCAAGACUCCGGCUCCGGCUGCAGCUCCUCCGGCUCCCCCUCCGCCCCCGGCUCCUGCGGCCGAGGCGGCGGCGCUGGGCGUGGCCCAAAUCGUGGUCACGGCGCCGACUCCCUGCUCGGAGACAGCUCCCGGCGAGUUCCGACAGCGCUCGGUCGACGAGCCCGCGUCCGCCGCGACCGCAGAGACGGUGGACAGUGGCGCAAAGGUGGUGGACAGCGGCGCAACGGUGGCGGACAGUGGCGCAUCGGCGACAGAUGCGGCCCCCUCGCAACCUCCCGCCGAGCCUGCAAUGGCAGACAAGGUGAAAACGGAGCCCGCGGCGGUUGCUGCGGAGCCUGCGGCCGUCGAGCCUACCCCCGCGGCGGACGAGCCGCUGCGAUCACCAACAGCGCCCGGAAGCGAGCCCCAAAUUAUCCACACACCUGCUACUCCACCGGAGGGACUCUCCAGUCCUGAAGAGGAGCUGCCGCCCCCGCCGCCGCCCGCGCCGGCCGCCCCCGCCACCGAGGAGGCGUCACAGUCGACCGAAGAGCCGCCGCCGCCGCCCCCUCCGCCGGCGGAGACUGAGCCGGAGGCGCCAGUGCCGGAGGAGCUGGACCCGAUCCACCUGGUCAAGCUGGAGACGAUGCCGGAGUCAGACGCGUGAGACGGGGAUGGUGUGCGAAGGACUGAGACGCUGGGAGGGGUGCCGGUGUAGCGCCGCGGGUGCUCAGAAGUGUCGUACGAAUGACCGAGCGCCGUGAGAUCGUGACGAGCUGAGCGCCUGCCCGGGUGGUCGACACGAGAACCAGGUGACGGGAUCACCCAAUACCCGCCGAUCGGUCGGUCGGUCAGAGUCAUUCCACAAUCCGGACGGAUAUGUUAUCCGUAUCGGGCGGUGUUUUUCAUUCCAGGGCCGGUGCCAGGCCCGUGGUGCGACCACGAUCAGCAGUGGCAGCCACCGAGUAACGGGCGACCCGCCGGGUGCGUGUCGCCGAGCAGCGUAUCCGACUGCGUUUCAGGGCAGCCAAACGUGUGGUGCGGGGCGGCAGAGUGAGAGCGGGUGUUGCCGUGUGUAUGCGGUAUGCUAUUCCGUUGCUGUUUUUAUAUAGGUCGCUGUCUGAGUUUGAGAGCGUGUGGUGAGUUCUGUCUGAGUUUAAGAGCGAGUGAUGAGUUCCGAUCAGUGCCAGGCGGCGGCGGUAAGGGUCAGUUUUCUGUGAUGCGCCAGGCGUCACUCGGCUCUAUUGUCAGCGCGUUCCGUGCGUAGGCUGUUGUAUGGAGGUGCUGCUGCCUCGUGUUGAUCAGUCAGUCAGUCAGUCAGUCAGUCAGUCGCAGUCAGUCCCGAUGUUCUGCUCAGUGAACCCUCCCGCCAUCCCAGGUCAGACCCCCCCCCCCCCCCGGGUCAGCAGCUGACCCGUCGGGUCUGCCACACUGACCCACCCCCCGGUCGCGCCGCGUGCCUUGGUCUGUGUCUCGGCCCGUCGGUCGGCGGCGGCGGUACAGCACUACAGCAGGCACUACCUCCUGCUCGGCUUCGCUGACCGGUUAGACCGCGCCGCGGUGGCGGCCCUCAGACCCCUCCCCGAUGGGUUUACCGUACAGUAUCCGGACGGACGGCGGGGCCAACUAUAUCGCCGGCCGGCCGGCCGUCGCGUUUUCUCUCCUCUCCCAGUGGUGGCGGUAGGCCGCGCAGCGUACCGGUGUACCGGUACCUACUCUAGUCAGAUGUGUUAUUGUUACCUAGUGCAAUAAAUGUCACUCCGUCGA